ACAUGAAAACCCUUAACUAAGGGCAAGCAUGAGAUCAAUUGUGGUAGCAUUAAUGACACUUUCAUCAGCAAGUGAGGAUUGGGAUGUUGGCUCUUUUUAUGAAAACCAAGCUUUGGUGCAUCUAAUGGCUGGAAGAUAGACUGAACAUUAGACUGAACAUUCACCCACGAAGUCGAAGCUACUGGAUCAUUCAACAAGGACAGUUGGAAUCUACGCGUUGAUCCAACCUGCACUAAUCAAUCAUGUUCUUCCAUGCUGUUAUAUCGAAGUUUCUUUAGGAAUUGGACAACUGGAGAUUACAGGAAACUUAGUUCUUUUAAAAUUUAUGGAAAAAAUAAAAUGCUAAAUUCAGAAGAAAAAAGGAACAAAGCGCCAAGAAGAUGUGUUGUUACCUCGAACAAGAAAAGAAAAAUUGAAGAAUCUAAGGACGCUGGACAAACCUUGAAGAUAUGUCAUCAGUGUUUGAAAAAGGAAAGAGCAGCAUUUGUACCUUGCACUACAUGUAGAAAAAUGUAUUGUAUGCGGUGCAUCCAUCAAUGGUAUCCCAAUCUGACAAUAACAGAUAUUUCAUUAAGGUGUCCCUUAUGCCGUAACAACUGCAAUUGCAAUGUUUGCUUGCGUUCAAAGGCAAUCUUUGAGACGUCUACAAGGGACAUCACAUGUACUGAAAAAGUUCAGCAUCUGGUUUAUAUGAUCAAAUUAGUUCUUCCAUUUAUGAAACAAAUUUGUGAAGAACAAAUUCAAGAGCAAGAGAUUGAAGCUAAAAUACAAGGAAAAUCAUAUUAUGAGCUUAAGAUACCACAAUCUCCUAGCGAUGACGAGCGUAUCUAUUGUGAUCAUUGUGCUACUUCAAUUGUUGAUCUUCACAGAAGCUGCCCCAAGUGUUCAUUUGAAAUUUGCCUUAAUUGCUGUAAAGAAAUUCGCAAAGGAAGCAUUUCGGUACUGCCUGAAAUGAAGUUCCAAUAUGUGAAUAGGGGCUUUGAUUAUAUGCAUGGUGGUGACCCUUUACCAGUGUCUAGUAAUUUAGAGUCUCCAAAGGGUCAUCACACUAGGGUAUCUACCAAAUGGAAUGGCAACAGUGAUGGAAGGGUUAGAUGUGCUCCUAAAGAAAUCGGAGGUUGCGGCCACUCAUCGAUGGUGUUGAAGCGUGUGCUUCCAGAUGGUUGGAUAUCUGAAUUGGAAGCCAAAGCUAAUGAAAUCUUAAAUUUCUUUUUCAAAACUGAACAUGAAGAAGCUCUUCAGAAGGAAGCAAUUUCAUGCAGCAACUCUAUGCUGAGAGCAGCUUCUAGAGAUAGCCCUGAAGACAACAACCUAUACUAUCCAGAGUCUAAUGAGAUAUCAAAUGAAGGUUUAGGCCUCUUCAGGAAGCAUUGGACUAAUGGUGAACCGAUUAUAGUUCGCAACGUUCUUAAGCAGGGGACAGGUCUGAGUUGGGAGCCAAUGGUUAUCUUGAGGGCACUAUCUGAAGGUUUAGGUUACAAGAUCAACUCAGAUAUGUCAGUGAAGGCUAUUGAUUGCUUGGCUACUUGUGAGGUUGAAAUUAAAGCUCGCAUGUUCUUUAAAGGUUAUAUGGAGGGAAGAAGAUAUGUUAACCUUUGGCCAGAGAUGCUGAAGCUAAAGGAUUGGCCUCCCUCUAACAAGUUUGAAGAUCUUUUGCCGCACCACUUUAACGAGUUUAUCAGUUGCUUACCAUUCCAAGAGUACACUGAUCUUCGAGCUGGAGUCCUCAAUCUUGCUGCAAAGUUGCCAGAACAUGUCAUAAAGCCUGAUAUGGGUCCGAAAACAUAUAUUGCUUAUGGGAUUACAGAAGAACUUGGCAGAGGGGAUUCUGUGACUAAUCUCCACUGCGACAUGUCAGACGCUGUGAAUAUUUUGACUCACACUGUGGAAGUGAAGUUAACUGAUGAACAACAUUCUGCCAUCUCAAAAUUGAAAAAAGCACACAAAGAACAAGAUAAGAAAGAGCAAAAUGAUCAAGAAAGUGUUGCUGAAUACAACAGAGAACUGAAAGAAAAUAAUGAGAAGUGCUUUAUUAGGAUCAAUCCAAAGAAUUUUCCAAAUGAUGUAUCUGCAAUCUCGGAAGAAACAAGAGAAACAGGUGCUGCUCUUUGGGAUAUUUUCAGAAGAGAGGACACUGAAAAAUUAGGAGCAUAUCUAAGAAAACACUCCAAAGAAUUUCGACAUAUUUAUUGUUCGCCAGUUGAAGAGGUUGUGCAUCCAAUUCAUGAUCAAUGUUUCUACUUGACUUUAGAGCACAAAAAGAAGUUGAAAGAGGAAUAUGGUGUAGAAGCUUGGACUUUUGAACAAAAACUUGUGAGAAAUUAUUUAUUAUUUGAUUAAAUUUUAUUGUAAAUAUUUUUUUUUUACAUUUUCAAUGUAAUAGCUAAUGCUACUAUUAGUAGUACUCAUAAAUAGUUAAAAGUAAAACCUAUCUCUUGAUUUAUGAGCAUCUAAAUAUUUUCUUCAUACUUAAUCUCACUGUCAAGUUCUAUAUUAUCUAUAUAUGUGAACUUAAUUUUCAUGUUCUAAAUCUUCCACACAGUCAUGCACAAAAGUGGCUGCAGAUUUUGUGUCACCAGAGAAUGUUCACAUGUGUUUGCGUCUUACGGAUGAGUUUCGUAAUCUUCCAAAGAAUCACAAAGUCAGAGAAGAAAAACUCGAGAUUAAGAAGAUGAUAAUCUAUGCUAUUGACCAAGCUGUUAAAGAUUUAGAGAGAUUAUUAUGAGUACUUCGUUGGGAUUAAUACAGCUUAAAACCGUAUUCACUUCUGACUUAGAAGUUGUUGUAAUUUUUGCAACUUUUUGGAUGCAGUGAUUUAGAUUAAAUUGUUAGAAAAAAUUUAUAAUUAUCCAUUUCAUUAAUAAAGAGCAUAAUCUUUUUGUUAUGGAUUUC